UGGCACAUACAGCCACAGAUUGGUCUAUUAUGACCAAUAUGUUUAGUACAUGUAUUAUUGUACAUGUAUAGAGUAAUUUCCUUGUUUUUUUGGUACAGACAAGGUUAAUGGUGUCUGAGUCCGGCCUGGAAAGAGGAUCCCAAUUUAGACUGGUCUCAUGGGAAUAUUAGAGGGGAUGGUUCAAAGUCUACAUCCCUCCCUCUCUGUGUCUUUGCGCUCUUUCCGCAGUCAGAGGCGCCUGGGAUCAGUGCGGACCGGAACACUUUUCUUUUUCAUCAUUAAUACUUUAAAAGCAGCGCCGUGAUAAAGCUUCUCACCGAUGAAAGGUCCACAGACGGGUUAAAACCUUUUCCCAGCACUAAGUGGAAGAAAACUCGAGGGAUUCUUGGAAAAUAUUUGGGAAUAUUUGAUCUCAAAGGAAAAACUUCUAUUUUUCGACAGUGAUUUUUACAUUGAAUUUUGGGCAGCUCUGUGGCCAAGAAUAAACCACCGGAUAGCUCGGGAUAAUUAAGCUCUCCACGCGGUGCCUGCAGGAACAUUAUGGGAACAUUGGAGUGAUUUCUGUUCCUCGGGGCGGAGGGUGUUUGCUGCAGGGCAGUGUUUUUUUCCCACACAGAGCAGCGCGGAUCUGAGGGCAGAGGGGAGCUAAAUGCGGUUGACUGGCGACCCUGCUCCGGGAACCAUGAACAGCAGCGGGUCUGGCAACUUUCUGCUGGUCCCCAUACCGGAGUAUCCCCUGCUGGACUGCGUGCCCAACAAGACGGUGAAGAUUGUGGUGCUGGGAGCGAGCAACGUCGGGAAAACCGCUCUGAUAGUCAGGUUCCUGACCAAGAGGUUCAUUGGGGAUUAUGAAGCAAACACUGGAGCGCUCUACUCCAGAAAGGUCACACUGGAUGGGGAGGAAGUGUCACUUCAGAUCCAGGAUACUCCCUGUGUCGCUCUCCAGGAUGAUGCUGAGGGCCUGUACUGCCAGGAGCAGAUCAACAGGUCGAUCUACUGGGCAGACGGUUACGUGCUGGUUUUCUCCAUCACAGACCACAAUAGCUACCGGACCAUCCAACCACUCUACCAACACGUCAGACGCAUACACCCCUCUGGAAACAUACCUGUUAUACUGGUUGGCAACAAGAGCGACCUGCUCCGUGCCCGACAGGUGCCUGCAGACGAAGGCGAGACGUUAGCAGCCUCGUUAGGAGGAGUUUACUUUGAGGCCUCGGCCAGAGAGAACCAUGAAGGCGUCCACGCUGCCUUCCUUCAUCUCUGUCAGGAGGUGAUCCGAGCGCUAGGAGGAGGUAACGGGGAGAAAAGGAGAGGAGGCCUUCACCUGGCCAGACCCAAGUCUCCCAACAUGCAGGAGCUGAAGAGGAGGUUCAGACAGGUCCUCUCCUCGAAGGUCAAAUCAGCCACCACUCUCUGAUCACAGGACUCUCUGAUCCGAGAGAUUCCUCACAAAAUAAAAGUCCUGGACUCUCUUUCGUGGAAGGAUGAAGAAAAAGUACAAGAGGAGCUCGUGGCAUUAACGUCAUGAAAACGCACAGAUGAACUUCUCUGCAGUGAUCAAAGAGCACAAGUAGUUGUCUUCAGGUGGAUGAAUAAAGACAAAGACCAAAUGGAGCUUUCUGGCAGCUGAGCUCUUCUCUGUGUUUUGGACGAGAGUCACGGUCAACACGACCUCUUACGAGUACAGUACAACAAGGAUGCUGCUCACAGGGGACACGUCAAAGCCUGCUAGACAAACAGCAUGUUUACCAUGAUGGAUAUUGAGUGUGUCAGCAGACGUCACUGACAGGGUCACUGUAAACCUCUGAACAGAUUAGGAGCCCAGUUCAUACAGAAAUCAAACCAACACUGACACAAUUCACGUCUCACUUUUCUUGAGGCUGAAAAUAAAUCAAAUCAAUAAAGAAUUAUUGAGUCAGUCAAGAAAAGAAAAAGCAGGUGUUGCUAAAGACUUGUUGUGAAAUAUGGAGUCUCUCAUUUCAGACCCGAUUUGUUUCUUGUUCAUUUGUCUUUUGUCUUUCUUUAUGAAACUAAAUGAUACUC